AUGGAUAUAUGGGCUAAGGGGCAUUUUGCGAAGAAUUAUAAUCUGUCAAAGGAAUUUAGAGAACUAUGUACUGCAUGCAGGAAAGGUGAUAUAGAAUUAGCUGAUAAGUAUAUUGCGACGGGUAUUAAUUUAAAUCAAAUGGAUGAGUGGGAUUAUUCGCCUCUUAUUUUGGCUUCAAUAUGUGGACAUGAAAAUAUAGUAAAGCUUUUACUAGAAAAGGGAUGCAUUGUUAGUCGUGAUACGUUUGAAGGCUCACGGGCCAUUUACGGCGCCUUAAAUGAUUCUAUAAGGUCGAUUUUGCUUAGCUAUGAUAUUACUAAAGCCGUCGAUGUUACUCAACCAUUCGCAUCCCAUAUAACAGGCAUAUUGUUAAGGCCAAAAUUUGUUAGCUUUGAUGCUCUUCUUACUUUUCCUGAUCUGCCUAAGGAAAGCAUGAAAAUUCAUCGCUUUAUGCUAAUGGUGAUCUCAGAUUAUUUUUGGGAAAAGCUUUCAUCUAGUGACACAAAAGAUAGUUCCUUUUGCGUGAGUACACAAGAUAUACUCUGUAACCGGCAUAAUGUUCGGAGUUGGAAAUUUCUUGUGGACUAUAUUUAUUUAGUUCCAAAAUUAGAUCUUAAAGAUAUUGAUAUUGAUGAUCUUAUUUCCUUAGCAGAAGAUGUUCAUUUACCCGAUCUUGCAUCUGUAGUUAAGCGGAUAUAUGUGGCUAAUACUAUGGCCGAGAGAUCUAGGGUUAAAAAUCAGGUUCAACAGCAAAUAUGUUCUAUUGCUCGUGGGAAAUUGAAGCGAUUCGUAACUCAACAAAUAAUCCAACCAAUGAUCGUUCGAAAAAUUAAUGUAUCUUUGAAAAUAAACAAUGACGAUACUGUGAUAGAUAUAACUAAUAACGAUGCUUAUAAAAAUGUUCUUUCCCCGGAUGAAAAGAGACAUUUCAUAGAUAAAAACGGAGCGGACGUGAUCCUUUGUGUUGAGGUCGCAGAUCAUUACCUGUUUUACCCUGUUCAUCGUGCAAUCUUAUCUCGCUCAGAAUAUUUUGACACUCUUUUUAGGUCUUCUUUCGUGGAGACAUCUCUUUUUUUGGAUACAAUGCUCGAGGAUGAAGGUAUAAUUGAUAGGCAAUAUUUCUUGAAAAAUCCGAAUGCAAUUCCUGUUCUUUCUUUACCAGUUUCAUCUGUGACGCAGUGUAUAGAUGGGUUAUCAUCAGAAGAACUGCAAAUUAGGGGUAGCAAACUUGUGGAAAUAAUUUUGGACUUUCUUUAUUUUGACACAGUAGACAUCCCUACUGUUCUUGCAAUAGACACAUUGAUGUUAGCUGAUUCUCUUUUUAUUGAUAGGCUUAAGACUAUGGCUGCCAUUGCUAUUACUCAAAUAGACAAUUAUGAUGAAUGCGAGAUAUCAUUAUACGAUGUACUUCGAGUGUCAUGGAAGACGCGAGUCCAAAGGCUCGAAACACAUGUGGCCAAAAUUAUAAGUGCCAAUCUUUCUAAAUAUUUACACGAUCCGGAAUUUAAAGCUGUGAUUGAAGAAUCAGCUGGGAGGAUUGACGCACGAGAAGACUAUGAUACAAUCGAAUUAGUUGCUGAUAUUAAAUAUUAUCUUCGACGGAAAUAUCAUAUAGAUAACGAGGACGAAGGUCCGUUGAAUCCUAACUUGAAAUAUGUAGAAGACGAUGAAAACUACAAGCAAAGGAAAAAAAGAUAUGAAUCCGAAGUAUCCGCAUUAGACAAAGUGGUACAGAAUCUUGGACUGGAUACCGGAGAAUUUAACAAAGUUCCACUUUAA